GAUGUGAAGAUAAGACAGACUGGAGGAACGGCUCUGGAUCUUCCAGAGGAUGAUCUGUUCUUACAGGAACAGUACGUGAUCCGGGUGAGAGUCAAGCUUGAUCUUAAAAACGCGAUCUGGAGCGACUGGAGUCAGGAGUACAGCUGGACAUCUGAAGUGGGCCAGACCCGCCCCACACCAGGCGUCCCCGUGUUCCUGCCGCUGGAUUGGUCAGUCGCAGGAUUCACACUGACAGGAAUCACUCUGGUUCUCGUAUCGGUGUGUGUUAUUCUCAUCCGCUGCGACAGGAGAAAGAGCCUCCAGAAGAAGUGCUCCCUGUAUAUUCCUGAUCCCUCCAAGUUCUUCGGAGAUCUGAACUCUCAACACGGAGGGAAUUUUACGUCUUGGCUGGGGCCGCUUUUAGCGCAUGAGAGCUUCAUCAAAGUGGACACGGAGUGCGUGAGUCCCGUCGAGGUCCUGAAGCAACCGGUCGCUGGUGAUUCCCGAAGCUCACACCGAGACAGAGACAGCGACGGCCUGCAGGACCGAUGGGACGGAACCAGCAAAUCCUCCAACUUCUCAAACUCCACCUACUUCUUGUCCCAGACUUCGAAGGGGCCGAUCGACACCCUGGAGCCGUGCUCGACGGACUCCUCCUACGGGCCAGCAGGGGGCGUCAGCGGGCCGGACCCGGGUCACGCUCACGUCACUCGCGAAUCUGAAGAGAAGGAGCUUGAACUGAAGACCCUGGAGAGGCUCCGGCAGGACACGCAGAGCCCAGAUUCGGGUUUCGCCGGCGGGGCCGAGGACAGCAUGGAGGAGUCGGACCUUCCCAGUCCUUUGGCUUUAAACCUGACCCGGCUCCUGCCACAGGGCCUGCCGGCUCCUCAUCCCAUCAUGCACCUUGGCUUCAAGCACACGGCUGGUUUCGGCUGCGGGUUUCCGGGACUAAUGGAGCUGGACCUUCAGAGCCCGUGUGGGAUGAUCGAGCCCUCUAGUGGCGAUUACAUGCCAGUUAAGAGUGUGCAGAAUUAACAUUGUUGUUCACAGUUCAGACUGAAGAGGUCAUGAAUAAUCAGGACUCACUAAACUUGAGUUGCGGUUUAGCUACGAUCAGAAACGCUCAGGGCUUGAUAUUAACACCAGCAAUAUACAUUUUUAUACUUUGGAAAAGCCAUCUCAUCAAAAGGCAUCUGAAAUAAUAAACUAAGUAUAAAAAUAUAGAUUUUUCAAUACAUAUGGAGACUGAAAUAUCUGAAACGCUUCCAAUGAUCAUUUUCCUCAGAAUAGAUAUCGAGCGUAGCGUCAGUUCUGGCAGGUCACGUUAGUCGAGCUCGCAUCAGUG